AUGGCACCCAAAAUCUGGACUCAAGAAAGCUUCACGCUCAACACUGGGGCAAGGAUUCCCGCGAUAGGUCUGGGCACAUGGCAGUCGAAGCCUGGUGAGGUUCGCGAGGCCGUCAAAGCUGCCCUGCAGUCUGGCUACCGUCACAUCGAUACUGCCCUUGCUUACGGCAACGAGAAGGAGGUCGGUCAGGGCAUCAAGGACUCCGGUAUUCCCCGUGAACAAAUUUGGAUCACCACCAAGCUUGACAAUCCAUGGCACAAGCGAGUCGAAGAGGGAAUCAACAGCUCUCUAGCCAGUCUUGGUGUCGACUAUGUCGACCUAUACCUCAUGCACUGGCCUUCAUCUACUGACCCCGAUGACCUUAAGAAGCAUUAUGCCGACUGGGACUUCAGGGACACGUGGGCUGAGCUUCAGAAGCUGCCGGAAUCCGGUCGCGUGAAGAACAUUGGUGUUUCCAAUUUUGCCAUCAAGAACCUCGAGAAGCUGUUCGCCGACUCGCGAUUCAAAAUCACGCCCGCCGUAAAUCAAGUCGAGCUCCACCCCAAUAAUCCUUCACCAAAACUGCUGGAUUACUGUAAGGCAAAGGGCAUCCACGCCACGGCCUACUCCUGUCUCGGCUCUACCGACUCGCCUCUGUAUAAAAACGAGAAGCUCAAGAAGCUUGCGGAAUCCAAGGACAAGUCGGUUCAGCAAGUCCUACUCAUGUGGGGGCUUCAGCGUGGCACCAGCGUCAUCCCCAAAUCGGUUACCGCAUCGCGCAUCCAAAGCAACUUUGAGCUCGAUGGCUGGGAACUGACUGACGAUGAAAUCAAGGAGAUCAACUCACUUCCUGAACGCUUCAAGGUGUGCGACGACUCUUGGUUGCCGAUCAAAGUCUUCUUCGGCGAUGAUGAGUAA